AGGAAGUGUUCGAAACAGGCAAAUUCAGGGAAAACAGCUCUUUGGAAAACCUGGAAGUUGAUUAGUGUCCUUGGCCAUUCAGCACUGACCUGGUCCUGGGGUUCUACCCGGGUCAUAGUCCUUGUGUCGGUGAGCCAUUGUCCAGGCGGGAACACUCUCCUUCCCAUGCCUUGGAAUCAUAUACAGUGAAAUACAGAUUAUUCAAAUCUGCUCUUGGACAGACACAGGCAAACCCAAAGGAAAUGUGUACCAGCCAACCGCACAUUAACAUCCCGGAAAUGAUUCGGAAGAAACGGGAUAAACAGGCAUUGACGAAGGAAGAAAUCCACUAUUUUGUGAAAGGCGUAACAGAGGGAAGUAUCCAAGACAGCCAGAUUGGGGCUAUGCUGAUGGCAAUUCGUCUACAGGGAAUGACACAGGAGGAAGCAGUGAAUCUGACCCAGGAGAUGAAAGUGUCUGGUGCUAUCCUGCAAUGGCCAAAGGAGUGGUCUGGGUUGGUAGUUGACAAGCAUUCGACAGGAGGAGUCGGGGACAAGGUCAGCCUCAUUCUUGCACCAGCAUUGGCUGCAUGCGGUUGCAAGGUUCCAAUGAUCAGUGGCCGAGGCUUGGGCCACACUGGGGGCACACUGGACAAACUGGAAUCCAUCCCAGGAUUCAACAUUAAGAAGAAUCCAGAAGAGAUGAAGACCAUCUUGUCUGAGGUUGGUUGUUGUAUUGUCGGGCAGACAGCUGAGCUGGUGCCAGCUGAUAAGAAGCUUUAUGCGAUCAGGGAUGUGACAUCGACAGUGGACAGUCUGCCCCUCAUAGCAGCUUCCAUAAUAUCAAAGAAAGCAGUGGAGUCCCUUCAUGGUUUGAUUCUGGAUGUGAAAUAUGGACAGGGAGCUUUGUUCAAGGAGAUCAAUGGAGCAAGAGAGCUGGCACAUUACUUGGUAGAUAUUGGAAAUCGCUUGGGAAUUCAAACACUUGCUGCUCUCUCCAGGAUGGAUAAUCCCAUUGGGAGGUGUAUUGGGAACUCUUUAGAAGUCUUGGAAUCCAUUGAAUGCCUGAAGGGAAAUGGGCCCAAGGACUUGGAGGAACUGGUCACCUGCUUAGGAGGCCACCUCCUACAUUUGUGUGGAAAGGCUGAGAGCGCCGAGGGUGGAGAAAAGGCCAUCAAAGAUGUGUUGAAAAAUCACAGUGCCCUGGACAAGUUCCAAGCCAUGCUGGUAGCCCAGGGAGUGACAGCUGGCUUGGCCAAGGACUUGUGUCAGGGGAAAGAGGUCCUUAAACGUGCAGAGAAACAGGAAGAACUGAAGGCUGAGGCUGAAGGGGUAGUUCAGGCGAUCCACUCCCUGCCGUUAGCUAAGGUAGUGCAUGAACUAGGUGCAGGACGCAAUCAUCCUGAGGAGUCAAUCAACUGGAGUGUUGGUAUAGAACUUCUGAAAACCGUGGGCAACAAGAUUAACAAAGGGGAUUCCUGGAUUAGGGUCCAUUUUGAAGACAAUUCCCUCAGUGAAGGACAGAAGAUUAGUCUCCAGAAAUCACUGGUCGUCGGAGAAAAGGUUGAAGAUGUUCCCUUGGUUACUGAGGUCAUUGGAGCACAGGGACAGAAAAAACACAAAUGUGCGGUUUAAGAGACAAACAAAGUAAGAGCACAGUGAGACCCAGGCCCACGAUUCUUAGACUGCAAUGGCUCUAGAAGAAGUUCCAACAUCUUCUCAAGUGGCAUCUAUGAACAGGGAAUAAAUUCUGGACAUUCUCAUUACAUCAAUACCUUGAGAAUUAAUA